AACCAAAGUCAUGCCGGAUUGUUACUCCUCCAGCGUACGUCAGCUGGGUGGCUGCUCAACAGAUGUUGGCGCCUCCGAAACUUGUCCGUUGGCCGGAUUGCCUGCAAGGCCAAAGGCACCUUAGAAAUUCAAGCACUUCUUGGCUCGCUCUCUUCUACUGCAACCACUACCACAUCCCCGGAGUCUGCAAAAUGGAGGUAACUUUGCACGUCAACGACAUACAAGAGAAAUACGACGUCAAGCCGCCGAGUUCAAUUAUCUCACCACCAUCAGGCCCCGAUUUUCCCGUUCAAAAAACCCGACUGUCGGCGUUCAAGCGGCGGCUACAAGGGAAGCCAGCUGGCACUUCGUCGGUGCGUACAACAUCCUCGACAUCAAGUACGGUUAGCGACCCGAAAUCGUCAAGCCGCAAUGGUGCGCCUUCGCGGAGAGACACGGGAAUGGAUGAAAGGCGGGGCAUAGACGAGGAAACCGAUGCCGUGCUCUCGUCAAUGUCGCCGGAGCAAAUAACAGAGGCACAAAAGGAGCUCUACAACGGGUUGGAUCCCAAGUUCCUUCGGAUGCUGCUGAAGCGUGCGAAUCUCGACGAACCGACUGACCCAUCGCCCUUCCGCACAGCUUCUUCCGAAGCUUCCCCCAGUGCGGAUAGCCCGCCGACUUCCAAGUCGCGACACAUCACAGUGGAGGACGAGCCGGAGGAACCGCCUGAAGUCGCGCCAGGUCCAGUUCCUGAGCCAGACGAGGGCAAGCCCAGUGGCAAGCCCAAGAAAUCAGUAACCUUUCAUUUUGACGAGGAUGCGCCUCCGCCUAUUGAAGCUAUCGACCUCUUCCCCGUGACCGAAGCACCCAAGGCUGUUUCCAAGGCCAAUGCCUCCAAGCUAAAAGCGGGCAACAACAAUGCCCCUCAAGACGUUACCAACAACACACAUUUCCCACGCCCGCCCCGCGUCCCCGACCUCGAUCCGUCGGACCCAGACUUCCUAGAAACCAUGCACAAGAAGUUCUUCCCGAACCUCCCCGCGGAUCCGUCCAAACUAGCCUGGAUGGCGCCCAUCCCGACCCCGGGUUCCACCGCAGACCAGGAAUCGCCCUACUACCCGGGCCAAGACUCCCUGCCCGUCUCAGCCCUACGCUUCGAUUUCCGGGGCGCUCUCUUACCACCGCGCGUAAGCCGCGCCAUACCCGUUACCAAGGGUCUUCAUCACCACGGCGAGGCCCCUGAGGCAGCCGGAUACACCAUACCGGAGCUGGCAAAGCUGGCUCGGUCGGCAAUGCCCGCCCAGCGUUGCCUCGCCUAUCAGACCUUGGGCAGGAUGCUGUACCGCCUCGGGAGGGGAGAGUGGGGGCCGGGAGCGGGAGGGAGGAACGGGGAAGAGGACGAUCUCGCGUUUUCGCUGUGGAGGUGCUUCCAGGAGGGGAGAGUGCUGGAGAGUCUGGAGGCAGAGGCGAGUUUGCCGGAGGGCAAGGGGCAUUUGAGUUCUAAGGCGUACGCGACAGAGGCGCUGUGGUUGUUUGAGAAGGGUGGGUGGAGGGAGAGGUGGAGAGGGCGGUGAUCUGGCCUUGGAAAGGCUACGGAGUUGCUUGGCAAAGAUUUGCGGCAGGCCGAAAGGGCUAAUGGGGCAUGGCAAAAGACAUGUCAUCUAUCGUUGCGCAGUGAAGCCGCUUUCAGAGCUAGCGGAAGCCCGGGGACGUCGAAGGCUGAUGAAGGCUCAAGUGUACCAGAGACAACGGAUCUGAGCAGGAGAUGCUGCUUUAGGUAGUUUCCAUGAUGUAAGCAUGGAAAUGGGAUCGACGGUUUUGUGUCGCUGGUCUAUGGACCUAGAAAUAGCGCGAGAUGCUUGAAAUCUCCUUCCAAAUCGCAAAUCGUCUUAUUUCCCAGCAAAUAUCACCGCUCGG